AUGCUUUAUGCAGAUUACACCGCAUCGGGUAAGUCCCUGGCUUUUAUUGAAGACUAUAUCAGAGAAAACGUGCUUCCUAUGUACGGAAAUACACACACAACUGUAUCGGCUACCGGACGUCAAAGUACAUACUUUAGACAGGAAGCUCGUCAAAUCAUCAGAAAUGGUGUCAAUGCCAGUGAGAGAGACGCCGUGCUGUUCUCGGGUAACGGUGUCACCGGUGCGAUCGCCCACCUCGCGCGUGCGCUAUAUUUAGAACAGUAUAUGGCUCAUUCCAAGGGACCGGCUGUGGUCAUUACUGGUCCGCAAGAACACCAUUCCAACAUGCUGGUGUGGCGGGAAAGCGGCGCUGAUGUGGUACAAAUCGGCGAGGACCAAUUUGGAGCCAUAGAUGUUAAAGGUCUGGAGCAGCAGUUGAAGAACUACUCCGACAGGCCAUUGGUGAUUGGUUCAUUUUCGGCGGCUUCUAACAUUACUGGGAUCCUGACGGACACCGACACUGUGACAGUUCUGCUACACAAAUACAAUGCACUUUCAUUCUG